AUGGACACCAUGGACAUAUUCUCCACGGGCUGGCCGCAAAAGCAGUCCAAAAUCCGUCGCAACUCUCUACCGUAUGCCAACACUGUUAGUAGGCCAAUUUCAGCCAGAUUUGCUGAUGAAUUAAGGCCAAUUGCUGAAGGGCAUCGUCAGACAGCAUUGUCUACUAACUCUGUCAAUCUUUGUGUAUCAAGUGGGUUGAGAAGUGCUAUCAGUGGAGGUUCGAGUACGUUCUUGCCUGUUCGAACUAACAAUCAGUUGAGGUUGGUUUAUUGGGUUUUUUAAAGUAAAAUGGGCUGGUUAAGUACUAUGUUUUUAUAUGGUACAUAUAGGGUAUGUCAGAGUAGUACAAGGUAUAUUAUAGUAAUUAUGGGCUUAUGUUUAUGUCUAUGUCAGUACAUGUGAGUUUUAUGUAUAAUAACGAUACUGAAUGCUGUGAAAUUUUAAAAUAUUAUAAAAAGAUUUAAGCUUCAAAACUGUGGUAAAGAAUUAAAAGUAGACCUGGCUUUCAAACUAGGCCAAAAAAUUGGCUUGGCCAGACCGAAAAGCCAGUUCUAUCUUAUGUUCAGUGUUCUUAAUAGUGACAGCUCUAUAACAAGAUAUUUAAGCUUUUUAAACCCUUUUUCUUGUUAACACACUAAACAACUUGACCUUCACUCAAUCAUCUUAAAUUAUGUUUGGGACUUGUCUCGGGGACAAAUUUCUUGACAUGACAAUUACACGUUCGUAACAUCGUCUUUUUAUCAUAACUAACAAGAAAUUAAGAUUUAUAUGAUUAGAUUGAUAGUAUGCCUGAAAUAGAGCAGAAAGCCAAGUGACGGCCAACUGAAGCAUAGAAAUAGCGCGCGAAGGCAGGAGACGACCAGAUAAAUUAAAAAAUAGUGCACAAAACCAAGAGACAGCCAGUUAAAUUUAAAAAAUAGAGCACACUUUGAAGAUACGCCCAGCUAAAUCCAAAAAAAAUAUUAAAAAACUUACAAAAAUAUCACACAAACCCAAGAGACGGCCAGACACACCCAAUUUCGCUUGAUUUUUUUCGAAACUGGCUAGAUCUCGAGACAGCCGAGAAAAAAGUACUCAAACGGGAAAAAAACUCGAAUUCUUUGCAUUCCAGAGGACUCAGCUGAAUGCCCUGAGGGCCAGGAAAAAACCCACCGCUGUGUCGCCGCUUAUUUACUUGAUUUUUGUGAUAAACGACUUUGCGAAAAUAUUGGCCUGCUUUUACGGCCCCAUAACAACAGUUUACAUGGGCUGAACGGAGAUGAUUUUUAUUUGAUCUACUUGAAGAUUAACUUGAGAGCAGAGGUGAAGAAAGAUUAUUAUAGUACGAAGUUGUCAUUGGUUUUGUAUAUGGCAUUGACUUUAAGCUUUAAAGCUUUGAUUUGAAACUAUAAAGCCUUGGUCUAAUACUAAACAGCCUCGAUUGUUGUAUCGCAGCACUUUUUUAUUUACUAGCUACCGCCUUUAAAUUAAAAUGGGCUAAUUUUACCACUGAUGGUCUAAACCAUAUUAAGCUGUCUCGACCUGAAUUAAAGGCUACUAACACCAACAUUGCCUAAUAAGUGUGGAACUGUUAACAAUUCAUUUAAAUCAUAGUACAUGACCUUGGAAGUAAUCUUUUCAAAUUGGAAGUGGUCUAUUCUAACCUACUCUUACUACACAAAGAAUACUGUGGACACGUCUGAAUGAAUGUGUAGUAGACAUUGGUGUUAAGUCUGAAGUUAACUAAUCUGCGGAGUUUUACGUUUGUAACGUGAAGAGAAGCCCAUACGGUAUCUAUAAACCGUAGUAUUAAUACCGUAAUUAAUUACUAAAGAAAAUCAUAACAAAAGAAGUAGUUAUCAUUAUAAAACCCUAAAAUGCUUGUGUUAUCCAGAAGCCUAUCAACAAUAACCAACGGCUCUACUCGAGCUUCCAAACCCUACCAAAAUCAGUUCAGUGAUUCUGGUUUUGGCUCAACACUAAGUGCAGGAAGUAGUUGUUCAUUCCUACCUCCACCACCACCAUAUCGUCCAAGACUAGGAACGUCAGGUUCUGACUCACAUGAACCUACAACAUCCACAUCUCCACCUAAAACCAUCACUUUCUCACCUGGAGCCAUUGUUAUUGGAAACGGUCCAAUACCUAUUGAGCUCUUCAGUGACAAUCCUUAUGAUCAUAAUGGUGGUGACCAUCAUGAUGUUUGGCAUAGUACAAGUCAUGGAGGUAGUGUACAUCAUGAUUUAGCCAAUCUACGCAAAGACAGCGGUUUAUAUCAUCAUGAUGGGCAUCAAGAUGUGCCUUAUAGUCAUCAAAGUUCGUAUGAACCUAGAGAUAAUUCAUAUGAAAGACUACAGAAUCUAUAUCAUCAACAAGAUCAACGGCAAUUUACUCCUCAAGAACACCAAGGUCAACCUCAAUAUCUAAGCCAAGAUCAACAAGCUCAAUAUCAACAACAAGAGCAACAAUCUCAACAGCAAUACCUGCAUCAUGAGCUACAAGGUCAAGCUCAAAAACGACAAAAUCAAGCCAAGAUUCAUAGAAGCUUAUCAGACUCACGUUACGCUUUAGUAGAACCAAAAGCUCCAAAACUGAGUGUUGGGAAUGUGCCGAGCGUUCAAAGUUUGCCAAGAGAUUCGAACCACGCACUAGAGAGCGUGGGAAUCCAAGAGACACGCAAUUUGGACAAAGAAAGAGGCUCCAGUUGGACUCAUUCCAGAAUCAGCUUGGUGAGUUUAAACGUUUGAUGGAAAAAUACAAUGUGAUAUUGUCAAAGAUGUAUUUUUGUAUUUUUGGUUCUAUUUUGGUCAGUUGCAACAGAAUGCCAAAAGUGGCGGGAAUUUGAAGUUUUUGAAUGUUAAGUUUGGCGGGAAAUUAAAAUAAAAAAAGUGAUUUCAAUUAUGUCAAAUGUCUUAAAAUUCGAAAAAAACAACUUUUUUUUUAAAAAUACGUACUUGCAACAGAAUGCCAAAUUUGGCGGGAAUUUGAAUUUUUUGAAUGCCAUGAUUGGCGGAAAUUUAAAAAUGAAAAAAAAACAAAAAAAAGUGAUUUUGAUAACGACAAAAACCUUAAAAUUAACAAAAAUACUAAACUUUCCCAAAAAUACGUACUUGCAACAGAAUGCCAAAUUUCGCGGAAGAUAAAAUCCAAAAAAUUUAUUUCAAAAAUUUUUUAGCGCUAAUUAAAUUUUAAAAGUAGAGUAAAAUAUGCGAAUUAUGUUAUGAUUUUAAAUAAAUUUCAAAAAAUUUCAAAAAAGUUCAAACAAUUUUUUGUGCCCCGAACUGGUUGCGUUAGUAAUAUGGACAUAGGUUGAAUUCAUAUAAAAUGAGAAAUGUGAUUUAUGAGGUUGGGUUUGGCGGAGUCGGUUUUUGAAAAAUGUUGGCUCGAGGCGAAAGUCACCCGAAAUUAGGGCAACAUGUUCGGCAUAUGAAAUGUCCAAUGAGAAGUUUUUUGUUCGGGCAGGGUAAUAUAAAUGUUGCGUAUUUUUUUGGGGAGGAGGGUGUAAGAAGGAAGAGGGAGAUGGAUCGAAUAGUAGAGAGAAUUAGAAGUAGGAGGGAGGGGAGGAAGAGGAAGGGGGGGGGGAGGGCAGUUUUUAAAAAAUAAGGGAGAGGGGGGAGGGGGAGGGUGAAAACCUAUUUAACAGAGAUUUCUUAGGGCGCGGUAAAAAUUUUUUUUAUAAAGUUGGCAAGAACUUUCUUUACCACACAAAAAAUGGCAAGAACUUUCUUUACAAAACAAAAAAUGGCAAGAACUUUCUUUACAAAACGAAAAAUGGCAAGAACUUUCUUUACAAAACAAAAAAUGGCAAGAACUUUCUUUACAAAACAAAAAAUGGCAAGAACCUUCUUUACAAAACAAAAAUGGCAAGAACUUUCUUUACAAAACAAUAAAUGGAAAGAACUUUAUUUACAAACCUUAAAAUUCCAGUUUUUUUUCUUUAUUUUGACAAAGGCAAACUCUAAAAAGUAUACUGUACCGUAACCACGUGACAUAUAAUCCCCAAAACCUAUUCAAACUCGUAAAACUUUUGAAUUUCUUCUUGACUUUUGGAGACCGGAUAUCAACUUCCUCCUAAUAGCUCUCCAACUGAAUGAAGGGCUUCUCAAUAGCAAAGAAACAACCAAAUUUGGGUUUAAGCAAAAAAAACUGGUAUUUUAUAUACUAUAACAGGGGUUUAUGGACUUAGGUAGCACUUUUAGAGUACUAUAAGAUUAUUUGUUAAAGGAUUUAUUAUAAUUUUUAAAAAGGGAUGUUGUAAAGAAAGUACUUGCCAUUUUUUGUUUUGUAAGGAAAGUUCUUGCCAUUUUUUUGUAAAGAAAGUUUUUGCAGUUUUUUGCGUUGUAAAGAAAGUUUUUGCUUAUUUUGAAAAAUGAUGACAAAUUCAAAAUUUUUUACCAAUACCUCUCUCUUUUUUCGGCCACCCUCAAAUUUUUUUCUCAACCCUGCUCAUACCCUAUGACCUGUGCAUACUCUAUGAACAGUUCCCUUCUCCAGCCCGACCCUCCUUGCCCUAUGCAGAUUGAUACUGUUACUCUCCGACCCUCACGCUCACCUCCGCUUCUUUUGACCACCCCCAAAAGCCGUUUUUCCUUCACUCAUGCCCCUACCCUAUGAACUUUGAUACUGUUCUUCCCCUGGUUCCAAAGCUCCGUUUGCUUAAAGUAUCUGUUUGCCUAAAGAGUAUAUACUCGAAAAUAACUCAAAACCGUUCAUAAAUUUUCAUUCGACCCAAAUAAAGAGUGCGCAAAUUUUGGGCCGCGAAAUUUAUGCCUUUAGGGGUUUUUUGUGGGUGAGAACAUAAGCGUUUGGGACCUUUCUCGCAUCCUUAAAAAUCGCUUAUAGGACGAGACCAAACCAUUUUGCCAAUUUUAUGGCGUUUGUUUUUGUCUUGGCUUCGAAAAAAAGUGCGGAUCUACUAAUUAUGACGAGGGGAGGGAGCUUUUUGGGGUUAGAACACGGGUUGUAUAAAAAAUGUAGUUUAGGGCGUGGUAAAUGCGGGGUAGGAUAGGGUGAAAUAGUCAAAGGUAAAAUAAGGUAGGGUAAGGCAAACUUGGAGGUUGAAAAAAGGAGGAAAAUGCAAAUUUUUUACAUAGUAAGAAAUGGCAAGAACUUUCUUUACAAAGCAAAAAACAGCGAGAACUUUCUUUACAAGUUGAAAAAUAAAAAAACACACUUAUUUACCGUAUAACCUGUCUUCCGCAGCCUGCAAAACGCAAAUUUUUAAUAUUUUUUAUAGAAAUCGCAAAAACUUUCUUUACAAAUUAAAAAAUGGCAAGAACUUUCUUUAAAAAAUCAAAAAAUGGCAAGAAUUUUUUUUCACAAAACACAAAAUGGCAAAAACAUUCUUUACAAGACAAAAAAUGACAAGAACUUCCUUUACAAAUAAAAAAAUUGCAAAGACUUUCUUUACAAACGACAUUUUUUCUAUUUUUACCAUUACAUUCCCCCAUCACUCUACUACAACCCCACAAUUUACAUUAACGACGCCCAACUUUGUGCCAAACCCAGUAAAACCUUGCUGACUUUCGAACAGCCCACUUUCUUUUCGUUGUUUAAAUUUAAAUUUGUCCACGGGGAUGAAACCAAGACUUUUUUUGGGCAAAGAGUUUGAAAGGUUUUUCCGGAGGGGUUUUGCGCACUCAUCUAAUUGGACAACCGCCAGUUUCUUGGCCAUUUUUUUUUAAAUUGAAAUUGGUUCGCGUUUUUGAACAAAGUCGUUUUUUAACUGGUUUCAGCCAGGGAAAAGUUGCAAGAUCAUGGGGGUAUGAUGACCUUUAGGGGAGGGGGGUCGAUUUUUUGACUUUAAAGUGGUUGAUUUUUAGUUUUAGAUGGGUGGGGUAGAUUCUUGGCUGAAGAAUGGAAGUUUUUUGGCUGAGAGGUAGAUUUCUUGGCUAAGAAAGGGAUAUUUGCUUGGCUAGGAAGGGAUAGAUUUGGAAUUUUAGCUCUAAAGAGGUAGAUUUUUGUCUUCGGAGAGGUAGAUUUUUAGUCGGCAGGGUGAAUUUUGUCUUGAGAGGGGUAGAUUUUUGCCUUAGAAAGCGUAGACCAAAAAAUUUAAACUUUUACAAAAAUUUUUAAAAACGGUCGAUUCUUUGGUCGAUUUUAAAAAUUUUUAAAAUUUACAGAAAACCAACCAAAAAAGUAAAAAUUUAGGUACCAAAAGCCUGUAUGUACCAAAAAACCGAAAGUACUGACCACAAAACACUUUUUUUUCAUUUUCCCGAUACUUUUUAGCAUGUAAGCAUUAAGCGAUAUAUCCCCGGGACAUUCGGGCUGAUUCUAACCCGAUUUAGAAGCCGGCUUCGGACCGUGUUUCUUCUCCAAAAGUGAGGGCAUUUUACUCAAAAUUUAAAACGUUCUGGGAGAUUUUAGGUAAUAAGGAAUUUUUUUAUUAACCCUGACCAAUGUGGUCCAAAGGGCACUAUGGUAUCGGCCCUAUGAUCCCUUUGGGCCUUGGAAAAAUAAAAAAAAUUAUUUUAAUUUUUAAAAAUAAAAAAUUGUUUAAAAAAUGGAAUUUCCAACUAAUUAUUACCUAAAUUUCAGAGUCCGUCCCCGUCAAUGUCAACGGUCUCCUGUCCGGAGUACCCAGAACUGCAAGAAAAACUCAGACGAUUGGCGAUUACUAGGGAUACGUUGUGUUUACAGGUAAAAUACGGGCGUGGCUUUACUAAUUUCUACAUUUUUAAUCUUCCAACAUUACGAAAAAGUUUUAAAAAUUCAUUCGUUGCCUGAAAACAAUAAAGCUUUGGCGUUCUGCAACAAGAAAAAAUGAGCCUUUUUGAGUUUGAAGAAUGUUUUCAAAUUGAUAAAAGGUUACAUCAUAGUUGAAUUUAAGCUUAAAUUAAAGCUUAUUUAGUAAUUUGUCUUUCUACCACAACUUUUUUUAAAAGUAUAUCAUUUCCAUGUAAGUUAAUUAAUUUCAAAGAUCUAAAACUUUAAAAAAUAGUGUGUUUAGUCUUAUUUUGGUCUAUAUCUUUUGAAAGCAUACAUUAAUUUAAACUUUAUUUUAAAUACUUAAAUUCAGCAUGAAAAUACAAAGUAAAUGGUACUAAAAAUUUAGGUUUGUGUCCAUCAGUUUUUGAGUUUUAAAAGGCGGCUUUUCGAUAUUGUAGUAGACCAGUUUACCGUUUCUUUCGUUAAAAUAAAGGUUUAUGCCAAUUUUUAUUGUGUUCUAUUAACGAAAACUUGUGUUCUAGAUUAUUAUGAGUAUGUAGAGUAUAAAAUUUGAAGUCAUUUUUAAAAAGCCGUUUUUCGAUAUUGUAGUAGGCUAAAUGAGCCUUCUUUUCAUUCAAAUAAAGAUUUCUGUCAAUGCUUAUUGUGUUUUAUUAAUAAAAACUUGUUUUGUAGAUUAAUGAUAGUAUGCAGAGUAUAAAUUUUAAAAUUUAUUGUUUCUGAAUUUUGAAAAAAUUUAAAAAUUCGAUUUUCAGGUAGCAGUGUUGACGGACCAAGUUGGAGCUCAAAAAGAGCAGAUUCAGGACUUGGAAACGAAAUUGGCUGAUAAGAGGAGGAUCUAUUCAUACGAAGUGUUGUCAAACAAUCAUGUAAGGUUUAAAAAUUAUAAAAUAUUUAUGGAUAAUAUUGAAAAUUGGGGGAAGAUCGACCAAAUAUGAGUUUUUACUUUGUUUUAGCUGAACUUUUAGGCUUAAAUUUUUGACUUAAAAAUUAUUUUUUUAAAUUUAUAACAAAGUUUGUUGUUUUUAGGAAGACUCAAGCUACAAAGCAGAUCUGCACAAGGAGAUCACAGAGCUAAAGGCCAGGUUCACAUCGAUGGAGCGAGAGAAGUCUGAAGCCGAAAAACGUCUGCAACAUAGUCAGGUAGGCACUUCUUUAAUGAAUUUUGAUGCAAAUUUAGAAAGAUAUUUAAAACUUUUGAUGGUAUUUUGUACUAUGGACGUCUUCGCCCGUAUUUUACAUUUUUUCUUGAUUUUUUUAACAAAAGUUCAGCAAAAUUAGGUAUGAAAAAGAUGUUUCCGGGUAAUAAAACACGGUUUCAAGUAACAAGUCACGUUGUAAUUCACAUUGUAAUUAACAAAAGGUAUUUUCUGUCACAUUUAGGUAUAAAAUUAUUAUUGAUUUUAAAAUUUCUGUAUUUUAGGCCGAAAUUGAGCGAUUAACCCACUCAAUGCAAACGAUUAUGAACCAGCACAACCUGAACAUGAAUCGAAAUGAAAAUCCUGAUCAAAGUAAGUUUUUUUAAUUAAAAUGGCAAAAAAUUUCUUUACAAAACAAAAAAUGUCAAGAACUUUGUUUACAAAUUUUAAAAUGACAAGAACUUUCUUUACAAAGACAGAAAAAUGGAAAAAAUUCAAAAAUCUUGUUGUAGACGAAGAAAUGGAGCAACUCCGAGUAAUAGUGCAACGAUUGAUGGCUGACAAUGAACAGAAGAAGCAUGAGAUCAAUACUCUUCGGACUCAGUUGGGAGAACAACGAUCUUCUUCACGCUCUUCCAACUUCGAGAACGGUUCUUCAUCUUCUCAACGUUUCUCCUCACUAUCAAACGCCCAAAACGCGUCGCCCACGCCCCAAAAUCGACCGAAAAAUCACCAACCAGUCGAUAUUAAUCAACAGAUCCGGCGACUUUUGUUCGACGACGUCAAGGAGAAUAUGGCACAUUCUUCGUCGUUCCCAGCCUCUUUGUGUAGUUCAGUCCAUUCGGCAAAUAUUUUGAAUUCUAGUCCGAAUCAGUUCAUUCACAGAUCACCCAUACCUCCAUCAGCAUCGUACUUAUCGAGUUUGAGCGCCGGAGGACAGCCACAUCAUCAGAAUGUGAAUUGGCAGCCGGUUAACAGUGGUGGUACUACGCCAAGGCCGGUGCACCAGACUACGUCGUUAUUUGCUCAGCCAACUAAUAGCAGCAGGUAAGGUUGUAUAUAGUAUAGUACUUACUUUUAGGGGUACUAUAUAGUACUAAAUUUGUUUUUGAUACUGUAUAGUACUCAGCUCGAUGGGGCAAUUAGUACUGGUUUUUUGGUGCAAAAAAGCACUGAAUCGAAAUUUUUUCAAAUUUUAUGCUACAGUAUGAUACAAUACGACUUUUUUCAGUUUUGUCCCAGCCUCAACUGCAGCUCGUCAACUGGCGGCCGAACUGGACGAGAUUAGACGAAUCGGUGGAGAAAUGCAAUAUCACAAUCAUAAUGGGCAAAGUUCGAGUUUGCCACGGCCAUUACAUUCUAAGGUAUGUUUAAAUUUUUUUUUGCUUUUAAAAAUUAUGGAAUUUGCACUUUUGACCAGUUUUUUUAUUUUGCACCGUGCAAAGGCUUAAAAUAGUGCACGGUGCAAAGAAUUUUUUGACGUUUUUUGCCAUUUUUUAUGUUACCUGGAAAUAAUAAUAGAUUGAAAAAUUAUUUAAUGGUUUGAUUGCUUAAUAUUUUUAUCAAGAUAUUUUAUUUUCAGUCCAUAUCUGCCUUAAAUCUACCCCGUCCAAGGCUUUCAGCUACCAGUUCCACUCAUAUUGGAGGUAAGUCGGCUUAUAUUAAUGUACCGUGUGAAAUUUUGUUCUCUGUGAGACAAUAAAACCGAUUUUUUCAACUACAAUAUUACUCUUGUAUAACGACUAACCUUCUUUCUUGAGCAAUUUGUUAUACAGGAGUUCUACUGCAUAGUAUUGUACAAAAAACCUGUAACUAAGUUAAUAUAAUGUAGAAAAUCUAUAUCUGUCAAUUUCUAAUUCUAAUUUUACAAAAUUUUAAUUAAAUUUCCAAAAUUUAGAUGAUUUUUUGGCUAAAGCCAAGCUGUCCCAAUCCACUCCAAAUUUAAAUAGCGACUGCCGUGACUUGAACAGUGAGAGUUUGUUGUUAAGCUUGCUAACCAAAACAGUAAAAGUGCUAUUUUAAAAAAUGAGAAGAUAUUUUUUAAAAAUAUUUUUAGUUUUUAAAAAAUGAUUUUUUUUAUUUUGUUGAAUUGAGUAGCAUUUUUACUAUAAUAUUUUUUGGCCUACUUAACAGUGACUUACUUAACAUUACUGGCUAUUUUUGGGUUUGAUUUUGUUACUUUUUUAUUUUUUUGGUUUAAGUUUUGUUUUAAUCCUAUACCUGCUAUAGUAUUCCGCCUUAGUCUUAGAUCUAGCCGUAGUCCUAUUCUUAGCCAAAGCUCUAUCGUAGCUUUGCCAUAGCCUAGGCCAGUAUUUGCCGAGUUUUCAGUCUUAGCUCUGCCUCUUCUUUAGCUUUUUCUAGUGCUGCCUAGCCUUGCUUUGCCUUCUCUUGUCUUGUUCUUUCUGCUCUGUUCCGCUCUAGGCCGAGCCUUACUCUAGUUUUCUUUUAGCAUUACUUUAGCUUUAUUCUAAAUUUAACUUGUCUUAAACACUAUCACUAUUUUAGUUGUACUUAUUCGUAACAUGUUCUAUUAAAACCGUACUAGUCUUAAUCAUACCCUACUUUAAAAUAACAGUACUAGUCUUAAUAUUUUGAGUUGAAUGGGUUCUUAAAAAAUUUUUUAAAAGUUUUUUGUUAAAAAAUAUUUUUCAUUUUUUAACUACUGUUUAUUUCAACUUAUCAUUGAUUAUGUAAUCUCUAAUAAAACACUAAUUUUCAGCCGACAGUGACGACGAACUUUCUCGCUCCCGCCCCAAGACCAGUGACACUUUAAAGCGAGGGCGCACCCGUUCAACUCUUCGCAAUCUCUUCGGCAAACUAACUCGCUCCACCUCUCAAGAAAUCCGCUCGCACCCCUUCCAACGUGGCUUAAAAUCAUCGGCCAGUGCUCGAGUAGUAUCAUUAGGUGCGCCACUAGCCGGCGCGGUACCAGUACGACCAUUAGCACGAAUCUUCUGUGAAUGGCCAACCGAGACUGUCAUUGAAUGGCUGAAUGAAGUUGGGUUUGGUCAAUAUGUUGAAGAAGCCGCGAAGCACGUGGCGACCGGUCGAUACUUGUUGAACAUGAAUAUGAACGAGAUGGAGAAGGAGUUGGGCAUCAGAAGCGGGCUACACCGGAAGAAGCUGAGGUGCUUGUUGAAUUGUAUCGACAGGAACUAUAGCAAUGUGGCUGAGCCUGCUGACAAUAUGGAUAGUCAUCAGGUAAUGGUGGGGAGAGAGGGAAAUGAAAGGAACUUUGUUUAAAGGUUUUAAAAUGGCAAAAACGUUCUUUACAAAGCAUAAAAUGGCAAGAACUUUCUUUACAAAACAUAAAAUGGCAAGAACUUUCUUUACAAAGCAUAAAAUGGCAAGAACUUUCUUUACAAAGCAUAAAAUGGCAAGAACUUUCUUUACAAAGCAUAAAAUGGCAAGAACUUUCUUUACAAAACAUAAAAUGGCAAGAACUUUCUUUACAAAGCAUAAAAUGGCAAGAACUUUCUUUAAAAGAUAAAUGAUAGUAAGAAUAUUCCUUCAGGUAAUGCUAUGGCUCGACGACAUUGGUCUACCCCAACUUCGCGACGUCUUCGCCGAGAACAUGAUCGACGGUCAGAUGUUGGUCUACCUCACCGUGCAAGACCUGGUUGAUAUGAAGGUGACAUCAGCCAUGAACCAUGCCACUUUGGCACGUGGGAUCCAAUUCCUUCGGUCGGUCGAUUUCAAUUCUCAUCGCAUUGAGAAGAGCUUCAACCUGGACAUUCUUCAAAAGCCUCAAGCACCAGAAGAAGUCGAGAAGUGGGCCUACACGUGUGUAGUACAGUGGCUGAAGAACAUUGAUCUGGCUGAGUUUACACCCAAUUUAAUGUUCAGCGGAGUUCAUGGGGCUCUUAUUGUGAGUGUUUGUAAAAUACGAAGUUCCUUUUAAUUAGUUGAAUUAUGAAUUUUUUGUUAAAACUGCAGUAACUUUCUUUACAAGCUGAAACAUAACAACAGAUGUUUUUAAAAAACAAAAAAUGGCAAGAACUUUCUUUACAAAACGAAAAAUGGCAAGAACUUUCUUUACAAAACAACAAAUGACAAGAACUUUCUUUACAAAAAAGAAAAAUAAAAAAGUUAUAUUCAGCGUAUAACUUAUUUUUCGAGCCUGCAAAACACAAGAUUUAAGAUAUUUUUGAUGCAAAUGGAAAAAACUUUCUUUACAUCUUAACUUAUUGAACUUUCUUUUUAUUUGACUUAAAAACGGCAAAAACUUUGUUUACAACAUUAAAAAUCAGAAAAAACUGAAUUUCAUAUUUUAUUAAGGCUUAUUUAAAAAAAUUGAAAUUUAUAUUUAAAAAAAAGUUUAAAUCGCCAUUUCAGGUCCACGAGCCAACCUUCACAGCCGAAUCGCUAGCUGAAGUUUUACAAAUUCCAGCUCAUAAAACGUUGUUGCGACGACAUUUGACAACUCAUUUCAACAAAUUGUUGGGUCAAGACAUUAUCAGUCACAAACGAGAUGUUUUGGCUCAACCUCAUGUCACAUAUCUGUCUCCUACACUCAAAAUUAAGGUAUGUUUUUGUGGUUUUUAGGUAAAAAAAAUUAGGGGUUUUGGGUAUUUUAGGUAACAAAAGUUGGUGUUUUGGGUAGUUUGGUUAACAAAAUUAGCAUUUUUGAGGUUUUUAGGUAACAAAAAGAGGGGUUUUUAGUAUUUUAAGUGACUAAAAUAGGAUUUUUGAGCUUUUUAGGUAACAAAAUAGCUUUUUUAGUAUUUUGGGCAACAAGAUUUUUUCAAUGAAAUUUUUUAAUUUGCAGGUACUCAAAAAAGGCUUUUCAUUAACAAGAAAGAAGGCUAAGAACGAGGUACUAGUGGAACCAGACGUCUCAGUUUGUCCUGGAACGCUACCUAUUCAAGUAAGUUAAAAAAAUUUAAUUUUUAAAAUUUUUGUUACUUAAAAUAGUUUUUUAUUAUUCAUGAAGAAAAUUUUUAGUUAUCUGAUUAAAAAUGGCAUAAAAACGGAUUUAAAAACUGAAAUUUUAAAAUUUUGAAAUUUAAAAAAAUUGAAAUUUUAAAAUCAAAAUUUGUAGCUCCACUCCACUAGUUCCUUAAGUUCAUAUGCCGACCCAACUAGUAACGUAUAA